AUGGCGAUCCAGAAGAAGCACGGAAAAGGUCGUUUGGAUAAGUGGUAUCGGCUUGCCAAAGAGAAGGGCUACCGUGCCCGUGCUGCUUUCAAGUUGAUUCAACUGAACCAGAAGUAUGGAUUCUUGGAGAAGAGCAGGGUCUGUAUUGAUCUGUGCGCUGCACCCGGUUCGUGGUGUCAAGUCGCCGCAGAGUACAUGCCGGCGCAAAGUCUUAUCAUCGGUGUCGAUCUUUCUCCCAUCAAGCCCAUUCCCCGAGCCAUUACGUUCCAGAGUGAUAUCACAACAGACAAGUGUCGCGCAACGAUUCGCUCACACAUCAAGCACUGGAAGGCGGAUAUUGUUCUCCACGAUGGUGCUCCCAACGUCGGUUCCGCGUGGGUGCAGGAUGCUUUCUCCCAGGCAGAACUUGUGUUGGAGUCCUUGAGACUGGCUACCGACUUCUUGGCUGAGGGUGGAAACUUUGUCACCAAGGUUUUCCGGUCCAAGGACUACAAUCCCCUUCUGUGGGUCUUCAAGCAGCUGUUCACCUCUGUUGAGGCUACCAAGCCUCCUUCUUCUCGAAAUGUUUCCGCUGAGAUCUUCGUCGUCUGCCGUGGUUACAAGGCACCCAAGCAUGUCGACCCUAAGUUCCUUGACCCUAAGCACGUCUUUGCAGAGCUCCAAGACCCAACUCCCAACUACGAAGCAAAGGUCUUCAACCCCGAAAAGAAGAAGCGCAAGCGUGAUGGUUACGAGGAGGGAGACUGGACCCAACACAAAGAGAUCCCAGUGACGGAGUUCAUCAACACCAUCGACCCCAUCUCCAUUCUGGGUGGUUACAACAAACUCAGCUUCCAACAACCACCGGGAGGCGAUCUUGCCCUGUCCACUCUGGAUCGUUUGGAGGAUACUACAGAUGAAAUUCGAACUUGCUGUGAGGAUCUGAAGGUCCUUGGUAAGAAGGAGUUCCGCAACCUGCUCAGAUGGCGUAUCAAGUGUCGUGAGAAGUUCGGCCUCGUCGUGAAGAAGAAGCCUACCACAGAGGAGGGCGAUGGAGAAGAAGUCGCUGAGGUGGCUCCUAUGGAUGAGGAGCUACAAAUCCAGGAAGAUUUGGUUCGCAUGCGGGAGCAGCAAACCGCCAAGGGCAAGAAGGAAAGGCGCAAGGAGAACGAGAAGAAGCGCAAGGACAUCAUUCGCAUGCAGAUGAACAUGACCGCCCCCAUGGAUAUUGGUAUGGAGCAACUUGGCAUGGGAGGCGAGGAUUCCACUUUUACCUUGAGACGUGUCGACCGUGAGAAUGCUCGAGACGGUGUCCUCAACGCUCGUGAUCUUCCUGCCGAGAGUGAAAGCGAAGAAUCCGAAUCCGAAGACGAAGAGAGCGACGACGAAGAAGAUCGUCUUGAGAGAGAACUCGACCAAAUGUAUGAGCAGUACACUGGUCGCAAGGAGGAUAAGGAUUCGAAGUUGCGUGCCAAGAAGACUCGCAAGCAGUAUGAGGCCGACGAAUGGGAGGGCUUCUCCGACAAGGAGAAGGGCAGUGAUAAUGAGGGUGAGGCGGAAUCAGACGAGGAAUCAGACGAAGAAGCCACACCUGCGAAUGACGCUGCCCGGGCAGAGAAGCUCUCGAACAACGCAUCCAUGUUCUUUGACCAAGAUAUCUUCCAGGGCCUAGGGGCCGAAGAGGAGGAGGAGGAAGAAGAAGAAGAAGAAGAGGAACCCGAAGAAGACGACCAGGAUGAAGAGAGUGACAACAUCUUCGCAAUGGAUGAGGAUGACGAACCCGAGGAGGAAGCUUCCGCGCCCAAGCCAAAAAAUAAAAAGGAUGCGAAGAAUGCAAAGAAGGAAUCGGUCUGGGUUGAUGAAUCCGAUGAGAGUGAGCCAGAAGAUGCAGAGCCGCGGAAAGCCAAUGGACAAUUGGAUAUCGACAUUAUCACUGCAGAGGCUAUGGCGCUUGCGCAAUCAAUGGCCACGGGAGAAAAGCGAUCUUCUGACAUUGUCGAUGAUGGCUUCAACCGCUUCGCAUUCCGUGACUCUGAUGGUCUUCCUGACUGGUUCAUCGAUGACGAGGGCAGACACAGCACGCCCGUGCGGCCCACCACCAAGGCUGCCGCUGCCGCUAUCCAAGAGAAGAUGCGUGCCAUCAACGCACGACCCAUCAAGAAGGUCAUGGAGGCCAAGGGACGUAAGAAGUUCAAGGCUGCUCAGAGGCUAGAGAAGCUGCGCAAGAAGUCAGCACUCCUGGCAGAGGACGAUGCUCUCAGUGAGCGGGACAAGGCCGGUGCCAUCACCAGACUGAUGAACCGGGCAAUGAAGAAGAAGCCCAAGCAGGAGGUCAAGCUUGUGGUUGCCAAGGGUCCCAACCGUGGUAUCUCUGGACGUCCCAAGGGUGUCAAGGGUAAAUACAAGAUUGUUGAUGCGCGUAUGAAGAAGGACGUUCGCGCAGAAAAGAGACUGGCAAAGAAGAAGGGCAAGAAAUAA